GCAGCGGGAGGGCUGUUACGUAAGAGGGUGGGGUUUUCUCACAGUUUGAAGCAACAAGUUGCCCAGGCAGGCGGUUGCUUCUUUAUGUUUACAGUGGCAGGUGGACACCACGAAGCCAGAGCGAACCGCGGCUUGUGAAUGGGAAUACGUUAAGAUUUAACCGCAGGACCUACAGAGCAACGGGUUGAGAUGGACGGAGUAGAAUAAUUUCUUUCAUUUAGCACAGUUCUCGUUUUCUUUUCUCAAGAACGUGAAAAGCGAAGCGUAAGUGUUUCUGAGUGGCCGCGCGCCGCAGCGUGCGUAGAGGAGCGAGCCCUUUGAGAGUUUCAUUAAAAGUUGAAUCUUGUGGGUAAAUAAUGGCACUCGCUAGAUUCAGCAAAAUACUUCGUCUGCCCACUCUUGACAUGAAAAAGAAAGUCAAGCAGUACGAGCACGUCAACCGGGACGUCAACCCUAACGACAUAUGGGAAAUUCUUGGCGAACUGGGCGACGGCGCAUUUGGGAAGGUCUACAAGGCCAGGAACAAGGAGACAGGAGUUCUGGCUGCAGCCAAAGUGAUUGAGACAAAAUGUGAGGACGAGCUGGAGGACUACAUGGUAGAGAUCGACAUCCUGGCUAAAUGUGACCACCGCUACAUUGUCAAGCUGCUUGAUGCAUUCUAUCAUGACAACAAACUGUGGAUCAUGAUUGAGUUCUGCCCUGGUGGAGCUGUGGAUGCAGCAAUGCUGGAGUUGGAUCGGGGGCUGACGGAGCCACAGAUUAAGGUGGUUUGCCGCCAGAUGUUGGAGGCUUUGAACUACCUUCACAGCAUGAAGAUUAUCCACAGAGACUUGAAGGCCGGUAACAUCCUCCUCAUGCUGGACGGGGAAAUUAAGCUGGCGGAUUUUGGUGUGUCUGCAAAAAAUACCAAAACCCUGCAAAGAAGAGAUUCUUUCAUUGGAACGCCAUACUGGAUGGCUCCAGAGGUGGUACUGUGUGAGACAAUGAAAGAUGCUCCGUAUGACUACAAGGCUGAUAUCUGGUCUCUGGGAAUCACUCUGAUCGAGCUCGCCCAGAUUGAACCCCCACACCACGAGCUCAACCCCAUGAGGGUGCUGUUGAAGAUCGCCAAGUCGGAGCCUCCCACCCUGGAGGAGCCAAACAGAUGGUCGCCAGAUUUUCACAAUUUCCUCAAGAAAACUCUGGAUAAAAACUCAGAGACUCGUCCGACUGCAGCACAACUCCUGGAGCACCCUUUUGUGAGAUCAGUGACGUCUAACCGUCCCCUGCAGGAGCUGGUGGCUGAGGCCAAGGCUGAGGUCAUGGAGGAAAUAGAGGACAAUAGAGAGGAAGGAGAGGAGGACGAUGAUACGAUGGAGCCCACUGUGUCUCCAGGCAAAGAGCCAUGCCAGACAAGUCAGACAAGUCAGACCAGUUUGGAAGGGGACCAGUCUCCAGAGACCCCGAGCCCAACCACACCAAUACCUAUAUCCAAGAAUGGGGCUGAGUCAGAUAUACCAACAGCGGAUCUGCCAGGCGCUGCCAUUAUGGCCCCCGUCCUUCUGCCGCGGCCGAAUCUCCAUCGAGAACAGCUGGCCGAUGAUACCGAAAAAUCUGAAAGUGAGGCCUCAACCAAGACUUCCAACUCAGACUCAGGCAUUGAGGAUGGGAAGAGUACCCCUACAUCGGAGGAGGGUGCUGUGGAGAACCCAGGGACAGAGGAGCAUGCUGACAUGAUCAGAGACUCAAGAGACCCAGGGAUGCUUAAGAUCCAGGUGACCAACAAGGAGACCGACUUAAUGGGUAACAGAGACUCACUGACUCCAAACCGAAGUCCCACUGUCACUCCUACACCACCUCGUGCCCGCUCCCCAGUACCUACACCCCGCUCUAGGCCGAAUGUCAGCCGAACAUCGGAUAUUCCAGAGCGGAUGUCGACAGGAGAAAAUGCUGAGACUGUCUCGCCUUAUAUCAAUGGAGGGAUUAUCAAUAAACGGUACUCUUCCUCAGGCAGCACGGCAUCGGAGAGCAUGGACAUGUCCAUUACCAAGGGGAACAUCUCAAUGUCUGCAAAGGACUUCUCGAGUAAGACUCUGAAGCGAACCAGGAAGUUGGUUUAAGAUGGCAUGGAGGUGAGCGUGACUACCUCCAAGAUCAUCGGUGAUGAUGAGAAGAAAGAUGAGGAGAUGAGAUUCCUGAGACGUCAGGAGCUACGUGAGCUCCGUUUGCUGCAGAAGGAAGAGCAACGCGUUCAAGCUGUUCUAAACGGCAAACUGCAAACACAGAAAGAACAAAUGGAGAGACGUUUUGAGCAGGAGAUAAAUGCCAAGAAAAGGCAAUACGACCUGGAGCUAGAGAAUCUGGAGAAGCAGCAGAAGCAGACUAUUGAAAAGAUGGAGAUGGAGCACAAUUUUAAACUCAAAGAAGAGACCAAACGCAUCAAAGCACAGCAGGAACGAGAGUACCAAAAGUUUCUAGAUCAACUGAAGCACAAGAAAAAGGAGAUGAAACAGUCUGUUGAUAAGCUGCCCAGAAAUCAGCGUAAAGAAUCCCUGAAGCAGAGUAUGAUUACCUUCCAAGAAAUGAAGAAGAGCGAGGAGGAUAAAUUCUUGGCAGAUCAGAAGAAGUGUUUGGACACCUUGCUAAAUAAAAUCAUCACUGACAACAAGAGGAAGAUAACAGAAACAGAGAGAGAGUGUCUUAACAAGAAGCAGAAGCUAACCAGAGAGCAUGAAGGUUCGAAAUGGGACAUGGAGGAGAAAAAUCAUUAUGAGAGACACCAGUUGCUGAAGCAGCAGCUGAAAGAUCAGUACUUCCUCCAGAGGCAUCAGCUUCUCAAGAAACAUGAGACGGAGCGUGAACACAUGCAGCGCUACAAUCAGAGAAUGAUUGAGAUCCUGAAAGCACGGCAGCAGCAGGAAAAGAACCGGCUGCCUAAGAUCCAGCGUGGCGAAGCCAAGACCCGCAUGGCCAUGUUCAAGAAGAGCCUCCGCAUCAACCCACUGGGCAGCUCUGCAGAGGAGAGGGAGAGGAUCAAACAGUUUUCACUGCAGGAGGAGAAGCGGCAGAAGGGUGAGAGGCUGCAACAGCAGCAGAAACACGAGACCCAGAUGAGAGAGAUGAAUGGCCAGUGUGAAAGUAACAUCAGAGAGCUCCAACUACUCCAGAAUGAAAAAUGUCACCUGUUGAUUGAGAAUGAGACCCAGAGGCUCAAGCAUUUGGAGGACCGACACAACCAGGCACUGAAGGAAUGGAGGGAUCAGCUGAAACCGAGAAAGAAGGCCCUUGAAGAGGAGCUAAACUUGAAGAAACAGGAGCAGGAGGCUUUCUUCAGGAUGAGUCAAAGCUCUGAUUGCCCAAAUCCCAGUUCUCCCAAUAAACUCUCAAAGUUUGUGCCUUACCAAGAGGCAUCUGACACAUAAAAACAGCUGCUGUGAUAUUGCGUGCACACACACUCAAAGGCAUUAACAGUUGCCUUCUGCCUCAAUUUUAAUUAGCUUUGCCAGUAAUGGAAGCAUACAUAUCCCUUCAUUAGUUUUCUUGAUUGUUUUAGUGAAUAUUUAUGUUUUAACUCAUGCUUUCUCUUUGGAAAAAUGUUGUAGUACUCAAGGGAUUCAAAAGUCAUAAUGUGCUUCACAACUCAGUUACAUAGUAUCUUCUCCUAUACAGUGUUUUGAUAUUUUUUUUUUUGUUUGUUUUGCCUUCUGUUAGUCUGCUUCGUAUUGCUCACCAGUGGAACAGAAUAACAUGGUGCAGGGGCUGUUGGUUUAAGUGAGCUGAUUAAAUAUGGAGGAGAAAACACUUUUUGGUUGGAAAGACGUUUGUUGUCCCAGGCACCUAACAAGGGAAUUUCUAUUUGCAGGAAGAGGGGAAUGUUUGUUUCUAUGAACGCUGGCGAGCCUGUAAUAAAGCACUUUUUUUAUUUACCCCAAAUUAUUAGUGCUGUCUUCCUACUAUGACCAAAAAUCCCCCCAACAUUUAAAGAUUUACUGACUGUUCUCCCCCCUUUUUUCUCUGUGCUCAUUCACCUGUUUGUCAUAUAGCUGCCAAAGCCCGUCUUUAUUUAUUUUUACUUCUAUUUUUUAAUCAGCACCCAUGGUAAGAAGGAUGUACUUAUUGUUUUGUAUCUUGUUUAAAAUGGGGAUGAGGCUAAGUUAUCAGAAUGUAUCAUUUCUUUUUAAAGUUUAUUUAGGAAUAAAAUUUUAACAUUCAAGGGAAGGCUAAUUGUUAUUCGCAGUGUUUUUUUUUCUGUUGUGAUUUUACUGUAAAAUCUGUCACACUGGAUGCAAACUGACAAAACCAAAGCAGAAUACUGUUUUGUUCUUUGACAGAUGUUAGAUGGGAUUUAAAUCUAAAUUUAAAAAAUGUAUUACGUGUGUAAUUGUUAUACCAUGCUUGUUAACCAAAGUGCAAUAAUACAUGUAUGUCUUUGCUGAGCUUAUAGAGGGUUUUCUUUUUCUAAAAUGUUGCUUUCCUUUGCACUGAAGUGAAAAAAUGUGAGUUUUACCAAGAACAAAACUUUUCAAAAGAAACAUUGCUUAAAAAUGAUUUCAUCUUCAUACUUUUUAGUACUUGGAAAGCAACAUUUUAAGGAUCCCAUUUUUCACCUGGAUCUUAUUUUGGAACAUAACUUCAUAUUUUCAAAAGAGUGCCUUAACCUGUAGCUUGCAGCUGAUAAAUUUUGCCUGCAGAGUUGCACUGUAUCAGGUACAGCUUAAUUUCUCUCACACUGUCUGACAAGUAUUUGACUUUGUCACGUUUAAUGGUUCCAUCUGUCUUCCCCUCUGCCUCAAUUUACUUAAAAUUGUUUGUAUAAAGGGAAUGUGAGUGCGAAUGAAACUGUAUCAGAAGGAAGCACUGUUCUAACUCAAUAAAUACAGAUUUUCUAAUUACAGGAUGGUUUGU